AUGCAUAUAAUAGCCAGACGAGCUGCUGCAUGCUUCAGCUCUCUGUGCUCCAGCAGACUCUCCGGCAGCAGGCUCUGUACGAUGGCCGAAUCUCAGGAAGAUGUAUUCAACAAGCCAAAGGUUGAGCUUCAUGUGCACCUCGAUGGAGCCAUCCGGGUGCAGACCAUUCUCGAUGUUGCCAAGAGACGCGGCAUCCAUCUGCCAGCAAACACCAAGGAGGAGAUGACGCAGAUUAUUAUCCUUGAAGAGCCGGCCACCCUCACGAAGUUCCUGGGGAAGUUUGCAGCGUACAUGCAUGUGGUUGCUGGAGACCGAGAGGCCAUAAAGAGGAUAGCCUAUGAGUUUGUUGAAGACAAAGCCAAGGAGGGGGUGAUUUAUGUGGAGGUCAGAUACAGCCCACAUUUUCUGGCUAACACAAAAGUGGAUCCCAUACCAUGGAACCAGGAAGAAGGGGACCUGAGCCCGGACGAGGUGGUGCACCUGGUCAACGAGGGCCUCAGUGACGGGGAGCUGGCCUUCAAUAUCAAAGCCAGGUCCAUUCUAUGCUGCAUGCGCCACAUGCCAAGCUGGUCCAUGGAAAUUGUGGAGCUGUGUAAGAAAUAUCAGCAAGAAGGAGUGGUUGCCAUUGAUCUGGCAGGUGACGAGUCCCUAAACUGUGAAGCCAAUCCAGAGCACAGGAAGGCCUACGAGGAAGCAGUGCGCUGUGGGAUCCACAGAACGGUCCACGCAGGAGAGGUGGGCCCGCCGUCUGUGGUGAAGGAGGCUGUAGAAGUGCUGAAAGCUGAACGUGUUGGACACGGUUACAGAACCCUGGAAGACAAAGUUUUGUACAAGAACCUGCUGGCUCAGAACAUGCACUUCGAGGUGUGUCCUAUUUCCAGUAAGCUGACAGGUGCCUGCGACCCAGACUUCACCAAGCAUCCUGCCAUCACGUUCAGGAAGGACAAAGCUAAUUACUCCCUGAAUACAGACGACCCUCUGAUCUUUAACUCAACCCUGCACCUCGACUACAGCACAGCGCACAAAUACAUGGGCUUCACCGAGGAGGAAUUCAAACGACUGAACAUCAGUUCUGCUCAGUCGAGCUUCCUGCCUGAGGAGGAGAAGAAGGAUCUCGUCCAGAGACUGCACGAGGCCUACGGGAUGAUAAAGUCGAAGAAAAAAAAAUAUCUUCAUUUGUUAUAUCACAAAUACUGUAUAUCAUAUGCCUUCACAUCACAUAUUUGUUCAUCACCAGCUUGUGUUUUGUCAGUAUUCUACCAUCUAAGUACUUAUAUAUACAUUUUUAUACUUUAGUUUACAUGACACUUUCUACAGGAUGUCAUGGUGCUCUGCAAAGUUAAGAAUAAUACGGGUGCUUUGUGUUUUUGUUUAUAUGAAAACAUUGUUCAUCUUGUGUUUACAACCUGUUGUUAUAAAGAGAAUCAGGGAAGCUUUUUAAUGCACAACUACUUAAGUUUUUAACAUUUUGUCAGCACGUAAGUGAGGGAUAAGGUUGGUAAUUUGACGUUAAAGGAGGAUAAUAGAGGAAUGUAACACUUAUGGUUUACUGUGAAUAUCCAUUGUUUGGUUAAAGGGAGCAGUAAGGAAAUCAUUUUUGCCCUUCACACCAUAAAUAGCUCAAUACCAAAAGUGAAGUCUUACAUUUGAACACUAGGGGGCGCACUACGGUCACCUAUCUGGACAAACCAGUGUCCUAGUGUGGUUUAGCAUAUCAUAAUUACUCAUUUAUUUUUGAUGUAUAUGGUUAUUUAAAAUCUCUUUUUCAUUUCACUUAUUAAAAAAAGCACUUCCAUUUAUAAAACACAUGUAUGACAUGUAUGGAAAGCAUAUUUGAAUAUAAUAAAAAAGGUGUUAAGAUGUUCCUGCAUGUCGGUCUGUUAGUUUAUUCAAAUAUAUUUUUAGGUCCGUCCUAUGUAAGUUUAUUCACUAUAAAAAAAGUCACUUUGGUACAGAGGUUUUUAACCACGGUUAAGAGAGCUCAAGCCUGACACUAAGAUAUUUGUAAUAAAAUAUAUUUAUCUUUACAGCUCCUUUAACCUCUGUUCUUCAUAGACAAAGAGAUUAAUGGGAGCAUUGGGAUGCUAGUCCGAAAUAUGUAAACACUUCCUGUCUGCGGCUGCGUUUGUGUACACGAAGGCUGCAUACAAUAAUAUUUAUGGCUCUGGAACGGAUCAUUCUAACGCUAGGGUGCGAAAUAUGGUCACCUAGCUGUUCAAACCAGGGUCUUAAUGUGGUUUAGCAGCAUAUGUGUGCGUGUGGCGCAGUGAGUUAGUGCGCUGAUCUUCGAAUCAGAGGAUAGCAAGUUUGAGUCCCACUGCAGCCAGCAUGUUGUUCUGUCGCUGGGCAAGACACUUCACCCCAAAUUUGAUAAAAGCGUCAAGUGAAAUGUAAUAUAAUGUAAUAUCCUAAUUACUCAGUUAUUCUAAUGUAUAUAUUUAUUUAAAAUGUCACAUAUACAAAAUAACUUUAAUGUAUGACUCACACUUAUGGAAAGCAUUUUUGAAUAUAAUAAAUAGGUGUCUGUUUUUAUGCUGAUAAUGUUACUACAAAUAUCUCUAAGUAAUUCCUCUAGGUUUCU